AUGCUCUCGCUACGGAUACUCAAAGUCGUACGGCCGAUAUGUCGCGUAACGGCCCACUACCUCGCCUGCAGACCUGCACUGUCAUGGCACCGCUUUACAUCCAAUGCAAACUCCACCUCUGAUUCAGUUCUAGUCUCUGACACCGCAACACUUAAACCCCUCAGCGACACCAGCACCACGGCGCAGAAGGGUGUUGAGAAGGUUCCAGAUGGGUUGAGGAAGGGUCCAUGGUCUGUUGAAGAGACCCAGAAGUAUUUAGGGUAUAUUGAGAGCAAGGGACAGAUGAACGCUUCCUGGAAAGAUAUUGAUUGGAAUGAGACUGCAAAUGACGUCGGGACCCGCACAUGGAAACAAUGCCGAGAUAAAUGGCGCGACACAUCCUUCAACCCUACUUUCAACAAAACUCCCUGGACCGCCGAGGAGCAAAAGAUUCUCAAAGAGGCUUAUGAGAUAUACGGCCCGCAAUGGACAUUGAUCGAACAAUUGCAAUUGCUUCCGGGACGCAGUGCCAGACAACUAUAUGACCGGUCUCAUCGAUCCGGUCUGCAGGACACACAGUAUGAGAACGGAUGCUUUACAGGGGAGAUGCUGGCAAAAAUCCAGACGUUGUUGCAUGACCUCAAUGGGAAAUAUUACGAUGACAACGGCAAGAUCAGAUGGACACUGCUGAGCCGGGACCACUUUCCCAGCUGGUCACCGCAUAAUCUGAAAAAUGGAUUCCGUCUGGCUAAGAUGAAAGCUAACUCUAGUCAUGGCUUAUGGUCCAAAGAAGAGACGGACAAACUUCGGUGUGCAGCCGAGAAUUACCUCAGCAACCCUACAAGGACGUAUGGUGAGCAGUGGGCCGCAAUCGCCGAAGAGGUUGGGACACGAAGUCUUGCUCAGUGUCAGAAGAAAUGGAAUUCUAUACAAUCUAAAGCGGCCACCAGCAAACAAUCCUUGCAUCAUACACGUUGGACACUUGACCAAACCCUCCACCUCCUCUCCCUCGCCCAACAACACUCCUUCAAAUGGUCUCUCGUCGCCCGGGACAUGGCGUCAGCAAUGGAGGAGAAAAGCCGCAGACUCACUGACUCUAGGCUUUGUUGGGAUAAGUUCUGGUACUUGGUAAAGCAGAGCAAAAAGAAAAUGGAGCCACUUUUGGAACAGCACUUGACGAAGUGUCUGGAGAACCCCGAGAUUGUGGAAAAAGUGGAGAGGGAAAAGAGGAAGGCCGGGAACGGGCCAAGGAAGAGAAAGAAACUCGUGUGGCAGGAUAGGGUUCUGAUUAAAGAAGCCAAGGUGGAGGGGAAAAAGGAGGUUAAGAAAAGCAAGGCUCUCAGUCCCACGCCUGCUGAGCGGGGAAAGAAGGAGCGGCGGAAAAAGGCACAGGGGAAGACGCUGACCUUAUGGUGGGAGUAA